UGAUCAUUUUCUCAAGUCUUCAGAGAGUGCCCAUGAAGUGUCCAAGAUGCUUGAGGCCACACGAUUACACUAUCACUCCAAUUUUGCUGAUAACCAAGGUCACAUUGACCACUCUGCCAGAGUGAUGCGUGUUAUUACAUGGAACCGAUCAUUUAGAGGUUUGGCUAAUAUGGACGAUGGAAAAGAUGAUUUUUAUGCAGAAGAGCAAGAAACUCAUGCCACCGUGUUAGACAAACUACUGGCAUGGGAGAAAAAGCUAUAUGAUGAAGUGAAGGCAGGUGAACUCAUGAAGUUUGAGUACCAAAAGAAGGUUGCUACAUUGAAUAGGCUAAAGAAACGAGAUUCUAAUGCAGAAGCUUUGGAGAAAGCAAAAGCAGCAGUAAGUCAUCUGCACACUAGAUAUAUUGUUGACAUGCAAUCCUUGGAUUCAACUAUCUCAGAGAUUAAUCGUCUCCGAGACAAACAGUUAUACCCAAAACUUGUUCAGCUUGUUAAUGGGAUGGCAACAAUGUGGGAAACAAUGCGAGUUCACCAUGAAGGGCAAUUGAAGAUUGUAAAUGUACUGAGAUCGGUGAAUCCCUCUCAAUUCCCAAAAGAAACUAGUGAGCAUCAUCAUGAGCGCACGGUUCAGCUCUGUGGUGUCGUGGGAGAGUGGCAUUCACAGUUUGAAAAACUUGUGCGUCGUCAGAAAGACUACAUUAAAGCCUUAAACAGCUGGUUGAAACUGAAUCUAGUUCCUAUAGAGAGUAGCUUGAAAGAGAAGCUUUCUUCUCCACCAAGGGUUCAAAAUCCUCCAAUUCAAAAACUCCUCCUUGCUUGGCAUGACCAACUCGAGAGACUCCCAGACGAGCAUCUCAGAACUGCCAUAUUCACUUUUGGUGCUGUUAUUAAUACUAUUGUGCUGCAGCAAGAUGAAGAGAUGAAAUUGAGGAUAAAGUGGGAGGAGACUGCGAAAGAACUCGAGCGCAAGGAGAGGCAUUUCAGUGACUGGCAUUACAAAUACCAGCAACGAAGAAUGCCUGAUGAGAUGGACCCUGACAAGUCUGAAGAGAACGCUCAGGACACUGCAGUUACAGAGAAGUUAAUUAUGGUAGAGACGUUGAAAAAGAGAUUGGAGGAGGAAAAGGAAACUCAUGCGAAGCAAUGCCUUCACGUGAGGGAGAAGUCAUUGGUAAGCCUUAAGAAUCAGUUGCCAGAACUCUUCAGGGCAUUGUCACAGUUCUCUUUUGCUAGUUCAGAGAUGUACCAGAUCUUGAAGUCUAUUUGUGAGGUCUAGAUUUGAAUCCAGAAAACAUCCUUCCAUCGAUGCUUCGAUCGCAGCUGCUGCGGCUGGUUAUGGCUAUGGCGGUGCAACCGCUUGCCGCCUUCACGACGAUGCUGCAUUACGGCGGCCUCCUCCCUCGGAGCUUGAGGCUCCAGAGAUUUGUUAGACCUGAUUUUCUUGACAGCGAGAAUCAUCUCUUCCAUUUUCUUGUCAAUGUGAUUCGGUGCUUUUGGUAGAUUAUAAUAUUAUUUAAUGUUUGCGUGAGAAAAUGGGAAAAAAAUUUGUUCUUGACAGGAGAAUUCUUUUUCCUCGUUCCCAAUUUUAUAUUCUAACUUUCUAUUUGGUUUUGAUUUUUUUCAUUUAUUUAUAAAUUAACACAGAGCCUUUGUCAUUGGUUCAAAUUACAAAUUUUGUUGAUCUAAUUUGAAGAUUGUAUCUACCUAGCUUAUGUUUUUUUUAACUUUAAAUUGUUCUGUCUGUUCUCCUCGAUUUUGAGUUAUGUCUGUAUCUCUCGUCUUGGUUGUUAAUAACAGAACGGUGAUAUGACA